ACUUUUACUGCUUUGCUGCAGAAAGAGACAGGAUUUUGAGUACUGUAGACUAUUUGUCAGAAAUUUAAGGAUAUAAGUUAGUAGUUAUUGCCUCAGUGAAUUCUACCUAUUAUGUGUAUUAUUUAUUAAAUUAUUUUUUUCAUUCCACCUCAUUUCGCUGAAACCGUUGGACUUAAGCAAUAAUUUAUCGGCUGUCAAAGUCAGUUUGACAUUUAAAUCUUGGCAGAGUAUCCCUGUAUAAUACCUGCAAUCGAUAUCGAUAUCGACAGCAAUAUUCAGUUUGUGGACAGUUUUUUCUAAUUUACAACGCAAUUAAGUAAUUCAAAAUGCAAGGACUGAGCCUCUCAAGUUUGAAGAAGCAUAAGGCUUUGAUCCCUCUGUAUGUAUGUGUGGGGAUAGGAUGUGGUGGAGCUGUGUUCUAUACUCUGCGUCUGGCUUUGCGUAAUCCUGAUGUAUCUUGGAACAAGAAGACCAACCCUGAACCAUGGGAGGCUUACAGGAACAAGCAGUACAAGUUCUAUUCUCCCAUCAGAGACUACUCUAAGGAGGAAUCUCCUGCCCCCAAAUACUAAACUGUUUUUCUAAUAUUGAUCAGUUGUAUUACGAGAAUUUUAGUUGUAUUAAGUUAAAUAAAUAGCAAUAAUGUGAUAA